CUCCUCCUCCUGUCCCCGGGUGUCUCCUCCUCCUGUCCCCGGGUCUCCUCCUCCUGUCCCCGGGUCUCCUCCUCCUGUCCCCGGGUGUCCCCUCCUUCUGUCCCCGGGUCUCCUCCUCCUGACCGCGGCUCUCUCGCUCCGGUCCCCGCUCGUGUCUCCGGUGCUCUGUCCGGUGCGUGAUGUCGUCCUCCCGGCAGAAGACGGCGGUGUUCUCGGUGGCGGGGGCGCUGGGCUUCGGCUGCGCUCUGGCCGCGGCCGUGGGCACCGGGCUGCCGCUGUGGGUGGACGCGGCGGUUCUGUGUCGGACCGGGGCGGAGCUGGUGAACGCGUCCGGACCGGAGCUCGACAUGUUCCUCGGGGCCGUGAACUACGGACUUUUCACCGGGAGCAGAGUCCGACACUGCGGCCUGGGGGGUCGCCCCACCCGCUUCUACUUCUUCCCAGACCUCGUGGCUCAGAUCCCGGUCGGUCUUCACGUGUCGGUCCUGCUCUUCUGCUCCUCGGUCGUUCUCUUCUCGGCGUUGGCGUCCGGGUUCUUCUUCUACAACGCCUUCGGUCGCCCGUACCUGCCCCUGCACGGCCCCACGGGACUCUACCUGUGGACCACCGCCGCCGGACUCUGCAGUUUCUUGGUCCUGGUGCUGUUCGCGUGUGAGGUGAAAGUCGCUCGUUUGUCGGAGCUCAUCUCGAACUUUAACGAGGGUUCGUUCGUGUUCGUGACGCACGGCGAGCGAUACGAGCGAUCCUAUUGGCUGUUCCUGCUCGUCUUCUUCGUCCAGGCCGCCAACGUUCUCCUGAUCCGUCUGUCCGGAGUCCACUUCCCCUUCCACCGCAAAGAGCCCACGGACGCCGAGACGGGCGCCGCCGACCUCAUGUACUGACCACGCCCACAGACCACGCCCACUUACGUAGACCACGCCUACUCACACUUCGCAUUCGAUUUUCCCUCUGAGUUGGUUUUCCGAGGAAUCUGGGACGCGACUCGGAUCCUGGAGGCAGAAAAAGUCGACUGAAAGAUUCAGAGUCAGAAUCGAAGAGGCUCCGCCCACUGUGUCGUGCAAAUAUUAAGUGUUUUUAUCGUGGGAGUCGUGUUGCGGUGAGGCCGCACGCCGCUCUCCGACUCCGACACAACGUAAUAAAACACUUCAAACUCGGAUGUGACGUCAAAUCCAAGGUCCAAGUGGGAGUCGGAAGAACGUCAAACACAGGGUCACGCCCACCGCCACAGACCACGCCCACCGCCACAGACCACGCCCACCACCACCACGCCCCUCAUGUACUGACCACGCCCACUUUCUCUUCAAUAGUUUUGUGGAGUUUUGUUAAAGUCGCUGUCGUCAGCUGAACAGAAAUGAGCUCGUGUCAUUAAUGCAAAAAUCAUAAUCAUGAAUAAUUUAAACACAAAUGAAAACAGACACACACAAAACAACACAAACACAAACGUUUGUUUCAUUUUCUGCCGUUUUGAGUUUCACAUUUUGAGUCUCUAGAAUCACACAAACGAACAAACAUAGACGUAGUUUGUGUAGUUGUGCGUUUGAUGGGGGCGCCUUCGCACACAGACCCCGCCCCUCUUGUUC